CCCACACUUUGCUGAAUUCACCUCCUUCAGAUGCCCAGGGAGGGAACAGGACAUAUCCCCCUUUUUCUAAAAACAGCCCCUCUGCCUCCCCCAAAGGGAGGUCUCUGAGUCGGGGAAGUUGCCUAUAGCACAAGGGGUGCAGGAGUGAGUUGUAGUUGGAGAAGUGUCUUGAUAGGGGAUCAUGCGUUGGGUGUGCGUCCUUCUACUCUUCCUUUACUCACUCUCACAGGGGACAGACGGGAUCUGGGACCCCUUACGUAACUCAGGUCCAGUUGCCCUUAGGCAAAGACGAUGGGACAGGCACUUUCUGAGGUCGCAGCGUGACAUCAAGGGACACAAUGGCACCCACGUCAGUCAGGACAUGGGAGGGGACAGCCUGUCUAUUGACACCCUGCCAGAUAACCAGACCCAAGUUGUAGAGGACAGUUACAGUUACUACACAUCUAGGGUGUUUGGCCCGUCGGAGCAUGGUGGUACGGAGUUGUGGGUUGAUUUACAUCGGGAGAAGGGCAAUAAGACCAGAGUGCACAGCAUCCUCUCCAACACACACAGGCAAGCUUCGAGACUGAUCCUAUCCUUCGAUUUCCCGUUCUAUGGACAUCCGUUACGUCAGGUCACAGUAGCCACAGGAGGGUUUAUCUUCAUGGGGGAUGUUCUUCAUCGCAUGCUGACAGCAACGCAGUACGUGGCCCCCUUAAUGGCCAACUUUAACCCCAGUUACUCCAAGAAUUCUACAAUCAGCUACAGAGACAACGGCACGUCGUUCGUUGUUCAGUGGGACAAGGUCCCUCUACAUGAGAAGGAGGACGCCGGAGGAUUCACAUUCCAGACUGCCCUGCAUAAAGAUGGCCGCAUUGUGUUUGGGUACAAGGAGAUCCCUCUGCCGGUCCAGAACAUUAGCUCCGCUCAGCACCCAGUGAAAGCUGGUCUUUCCGAUGCUUUUAUGUUAUUGAACAGUAGCCCCGAUGUUCCAGAAUCCAGAAGAAGAGCCAUUUAUGAGUAUCACAAGGUGCAGCUGGACCUUAGCAGGAUCCGUAGCCAGACUGCCGUGGAAUUCAUCCCUGUGCCAACUUGCCUGCAGCAGACCUCUUGUGAGCAAUGUGUGAGCUCUGUGCCAAGUUUCAACUGCAGUUGGUGCCAUGUAUUGAACCGAUGUUCUAGUGGAUUUGAUCGGUACCGACAGGACUGGCUCACAUACGAUUGUGCUCAGCAGUCCCAGUCCACAUCAUGUGAGGUCUUUCCGGACCCUUAUACUCCGACCAAUGCGUCCCCUCCACCCACCUCCUCAGAAGGGGAGCAAUGGACUCCAACACCCUCUACUUUUUCUGAGGUUCUUACCACUGAAGAUGACACUAAAUUGACUCUUUGUCUAGGAGAAGAUGAGCGACCGGAGCUCUCCAUGCAUCCAGCCUCCACCGUACAUUCAGGGACAAUAGUGGGUAUUGUACUGGCCGUGUUGCUCAUCGCCGUUAUCAUUCUGGCUGUGAUUUACAUCAGCCGUCACUCAGGCAAACAAGGGCGACGUUGCUGUGCCCAGGUGAGAACAACAUGGCAAUGGAAGACUCUUCCGAGACACAAAGGGGAGUAUCGUCCCCACCAGUGGGCUACAAUGAAGUUCCAAAAUCACAGCCCGGCUAUAUAUAGGGAGGUGGAACCCUCACCAGGACUUGAGAAGGACAACUUUAUGGAAAUAGAGCCAUAAGAGAAUUGAAACUGCAUUCCGGAUGGGAGGCAGGUCCCCCCCACUAAGGAAAUCUCACCAAAUCCCUGCAGUGAACUCAACGACACAAGCAGACCCAUCAUUUCAUUCUUAUCCUGGGCCACACUCAGGCCUGAACUGUUCCACUCCCCGUUUCCACUGGAGGAAAGUUGAUGUGAACUAUAGCACUACAGGGAAGUUCACUCCACCUUCAGUGACGUGAAGGCAUCUCAAGAACACAUCUGUAAAAAGUCAACAUUAAACCUGCUUAUUAUUCUACACCAUUUAAGAACUACAAUGUCCAACACAUGGACAACAGCAAUCAUCAACAAGUACCCGUGACAUGCCAGGAGACAUUUUAUUUCAUCAUUAUGGACCUGGAAACCAUACUGGGGAUGAGAGCACCACAGUUCAAGCAUUAGAGCCUUGACUGCAUUUUAAUAAUAGUAGUUUGAAGGCCAGCUGUAUCUAGGGCCUACAGAGCCCAGACUGAACUGAAUUUCAACAACAGCAGCAGCCUGCCAAACAUUACACGUAGGCUAGAGAGGCCUGAGUAAACUGCGCUGCAACAACAGCCAUCUGCCAAAUAGUUUUCCCGAGCUUGAGUCCUGACUUCAGCUGCAUUUCAACAUCAGUCAGCACCAUAGCUUCAGAUAUCUUAGAGAACCUCAAUGACACAACAAGGGUCUUCAGAAAAGUAAAGGUAUGGGACCUUUUAUCCAGAAUGUUUGAGACCUGGGGUUUUCUGGAUAAGGUAUUUGUAUCUCCAUACCUUUAAGUCUACUAAAAUAUCAUUUAAAUAUGACCCAAUAGGCUGGUUUUGCCUCCAAUAAGGAUUAAUUAUAUCUUAGUUGGGGUCAAGUUCAAGCGACUGUUUUAUUAUUACACAGAAAAAGGAAAUCAUUUGUAAAAAUUGGAAUGAUUUGAUUAAAAUGGUGUCUUCCUGUAAUUCGGAGCUUUCUGGAUAAGGGACCCCAUACCUGUAAUCUUAAACUACAUUGGCUGCAUUUUCACAAACAGGCAAAUAUUUCAUCGAUACAGAAUAAAGUGUUCGGCUUUACACCCAA